AGUGUCCUGUCAAAAUGGGGAACUCCACUCCUUACGACCUGAACCAGUUCACGGUGGGAAUUCAAAGUCUGAACACGUUACAUCAUUUUCAGGCAAAUUUCAAUCCAGGGUAAAGAUAGGAUCAUUGUAAUGCCGCACCAUUCAAUUUCCCAUGCUCGUAGAUGGAAGGGGCGUUGGGCGUCGCAUUUUGUGAUUGUGGCGUUGCUGUUCUUGCUUUGUUCAUCCGUGACCUACAGCUUUGCAGCUCUGUCAAACAAGGAACCAGGUGUGCCAAAAUUGCUGGGUGCUGCACCUGAGCAGAGCUCCGAUAGCGUGAGCCAGGAUGCUUCAUCCGGGCCAAUCCCAUUUGCCCGUGUAGCGCCACGGAAAUUCAGGAUCCUGUUCACGUGCAAGAUUUGCGAAACUCGCAACUCGCACAUGAUUUCUAGGCUUGCCUACCAGCAGGGCAUCGUCAUUGCCACUUGCCCAGGUUGCAAUAGCCGGCACUUGCUGGCCGACAAGACAGGUUUGUUGGAUGUUGGUAUUUGGGAUGUUGAGCAGCUUGCCCAGCAAGGCGAGAACGUCACUCGCUUGACUACUGAUGGUUACCGCCAGGUGAGUGGCGAGCAGUCUGAUAAUGUCACAUCCAAAGUAGGUGAAAGCUCUCCACUCCUAGUUCGCAACAAGGAUGGUUUGCUCGAAGCUCUGCCAGAGGAGGAUUUGGGGCUGAGCCGAGCUGCGGACUUCAUGGCCGACACCUCUGACGAGGCAGACAGCGGCAAACAAAGUGGUAGGAAGAAAGGAAGAAAGGAAAGGAAAAAAAAGAACAACAAUCAGACGAUUUGAUAAAGAUAGGAUAGAAAGGAAACGGAUCUUUUAACAUAUUAUUAUGUUAACAUGUAAUUUAAAAUGUUAAUUUAACAAAUGUGCGUUAAACCGAUAUGGGCCUCAAAACCAAGCCAAGUUGUUUUUUUGCUUCAAUUUAUUUUAGCGAUGUGUGCAGCAAUUGUGCACUGUGCCAGCGUGUCAGCGCUUCAGGAUGUGGAUUCUCCCUGAGAAUCUGUAGUCAGCAUGGCAAAGCAACGCUUGAUCAGAGCGAUUUGUAGCCGUGCGCUGAUAAUCGUGUUCUGGACGGAUCUUCCGCGUUCUGCAGGGAACAAAGUAAAGAUCAUCCAGGGUGCAGUUGUGACAGCAUGUGCGAAUCGGAGCUUCCACUUGACGCAAUCAUCAUUGUGUAAGGGCGACUACUACCCGACCACCGAGACUGUCGCACUUGUGCACUUCUUCCGCUGCACUGGCCUUUCAUCCUGUACAGAGUGCAUCGCAAGCGUCUUGAAACGCAAAGUCUGCGACAAUACCAAGAGCAGCUCGAUGGUCCACGCUUUCCAAAAGGGUGUCAGCCAGCGGAAAACAAAGUGUAGUUUUCUGCAUGUGAGGCAAAC